UGUAGGUGCACCACACUUGAGGGACAUAUUUUAUCGUAUGGGUUUAUCUGACAAGGAUAUUGUGGCCCUCUCAGGAGGACACACUUUGGGAAAAGCACAUGCAGAUAGAUCAGGCUUUGAUGGCCCUUGGACCAGGGAUCCACUGAAAUUUGAUAACUCAUAUUUUGUGGAGCUUCUGAAAGGCGAAUCAGAGGGGCUUUUGAAACUUCCUACAGACAUUGCAUUGCUGGAUGAUCCUGCAUUCCGCCCUUAUGUUGAGCUCUAUGCAAAGGUAAAUUGUGAAAUUAUUAUUAUUAUAUAAUAAUAACCAAAUGUGAUGCCAAGUA